AUGGCUGUAGUUAACAGCAUAAGGCUCCUUGGUGAGCAAUUUAAUGAGGCAAGGAUUGUGGAGAAAGUGCUCUUUACUUUACCAGAAAGGUAUAAGGCAAAAAUCUCAUCUCUUGAAGAUUCAAGGGACCUAACCAGCAUCUCUUUGACAGAGCUGAUCAAUGCUCUGUAUGCACAAGAGCAAAGGAGGGCCAGCAGAUCGGAGGAGCACCAAGAUGGUGCCUUUCAAGCCGAAGUCAAGUCUGCCUCGAGCACCUCUGCCUACAAAGGCAAGAAUACCUGGUCAAACGAGCCUAAAGCAGAUGGUUCAGGAAGCUAUCCACCCUGCCCACACUGCAAAAGGGUAAGUCAUCCGGGUAAAGUAUGUUGGUUUAAGCCUGAUGUGCAGUGCAAAUUCUGCAAGAAGAUGGGUCAUGUAGAAAGGGUUUGCAAAAACAAGGGCAGACCAAGAUACAACCAACCCCAGCAGCCAAAAGCUGAAGCUCAAGUAGUAGAAGAAGACAAUGACCAAGAAGAACAAGUUUUUACAGUUUCUUACUCAGCUGCAGAAGGAAAAGCCACAAAUGGAUGCUUCAAAACAAAUGUGAAGGUCGGAAAUGGACACUUCAUCCAAGUUGAAGGCAAAGGAGAUGUGCUGAUAAACACUCCUACAGGUACUAAACUUGUUACAAAUGUCUUGUUAGUGCCUGAAAUUGAUAGAAAUUUGCUUAGCAUUGCUCAACUGCUUGAGAAGGGCUAUUCAGUUGUAUUCAAAGGCAAAGAAUGCCUGAUUAGUGAUCCUAGUGGAUCCAAGCUCAUGACAGUAGCUAUGACAGAAAAAAAGUUACAUUGUGGAUUGGAAUAA